AUGCUACACGAGAUCAAUAACCAAUGUUUGGUAACCAUAUUGAUCACGAAAAUCACUGGUCGAGAAGCUUCACACAUAACGAAAACACACAAUAACCACAAUUUGACAACACCAACAAUAACAGAAAAGUCACAGCUUGAACAUGUUUGUAAUGACAGAAUCUGUCUGAGAUGGAUGAUACAUAUAAGUUCAUUGAUUGGUCUUCCAAUAUGUCCAAUACUACUUCUGUUCAUACAAUUACUUAAUUUUAGAAUGGAUAUUGUACAUAAUGCCAAAGAAGCUCAUCUGUCAUGGCUACCUUCUACUAGUGGAUUACCUCCACCACCGAAUGCACUUCAAGCAGAUUCUGGUGUUUGUGUGAUUCGUGGCAAAAAGGGUGAGCAUUUAAUACCAGGAAAAGAAAUUUUACUUUCCGAAUUUGAAAUUUUGUGCAACACAAGCGUAUUUUCGAAUCAAACUUUGUACCAGUGGGUUCCAGAAUCUUUCGGUAGAGUUCCAGCUGGUGCAUUACUUGCUGGUAUAACUAGCACAAGUGAACCUCUUUAUGUUGCUCGUGCUAUAGUACAAGAUGAAUUGUGUAUUGGUAAAGUUAACUGUUCACAAAAAUUUGCACUUCUUGAUUACAAGGGUAAAGAAAACAAAGUGAAACAUUAUGAAGUUCUAUGUUUUAUAGAACAGAAGGAUUAA